CGAUUUGUUUAUGUGACGCUUUAUGUUCGUGCUUUAUAUGUGGUUCAAAUAAAUCUAAAUAAUUUAAAAUGUAUUAGUGAAAUUACUUGUGAACUGUUACUUAUUAGUGUUGUAAGAUUUUAAUAGUAGAUGGGAUUUAUUUAUGAUUCCACAACUGGGAAUUUGAUUCUGGGAAAGUGAGGAAUCAGAUUCAGCAGAUUCUAUAUUUGUAGAUUUUAAAUCCUGGACCAUUUUAAAGUUCUACACCCUUACCUUUAAGGUUGCGCAAGAAAAUAUGGAGAAGUGAUUUAACACACCGCAAGACGACAAUGUCUCUGAUUGGGGAUAAAAAAACUUAUCAAAUCUGAAUCACAUAUGCUGUAUCAAGAGAAUAGGAAAGUGGAAUAUAAUGGCAAAAGAAAAAAACGAUGCAAACGCACUACUGGCGAAAAAGAAAAAAGUCAAGCCACGAAAAUCCAGGGAUGCCGACUGUUGUAGUGUCAACUUCCUCAAAUGUGUUCUACAUAUAUUCAAUGUUAUAUAUUUGUUUGCAGGAGCGGGUGUGUUAUUGGUAGGUGCGUGGACGGUGACAUCGAGGCAUCGGUUCGUGACCUUACUGCCGACAUUCACAUACCAGGCAAUAGCUUAUCUUUUAAUAAUAGCGGGGGCGCUGGGCCUUCCGCUGUGUGCUCUGGGAUGCUGCGGCCUCAAGACUGAGAAUAGAACCAGUUUGCUGUGUUAUACAUAUUUCCUGCUAAUAACGUUUAUCCUGGAGGCUGGUGCAGGAGGACUCGCGUAUUACUAUCAGGUCGAAGUGGAGCAUGAGCUCAGGUCGCAAUUAAAUAACACUUUCAUAUCAAACUACGCGCUGGACACUGACGUCACUAACGCCGUUGACACAAUGCAAACAGAGUUUAAGUGUUGCGGCGCGUUUCGUUAUGACGACUGGCGUAAGAGCGUGUGGCACGAACACGACCCUCGCCUCUUAGUGCCGGAGUCCUGCUGCAAGACACCAACCAGCCGCUGUGGCGCUAGGGACCACCCAUCCAAUAUAUACUAUAAUGGUUGCAUCGACCACUUUACAAAUCACAUACGCGACAAUCUUAUAAUAUUAGCCGCCGUCGGAGUCGGUAUGUCAGUUAUACCGAUCUUCGGCUUCUUCUUCUCGUGUAUUCUUUACGUAAGAAUCAAACACGUGAUUGACUGACCCCGGCCUCAGCCUGCGGCUUCAAAGAACAGCAAGGUGUUCGAUAAACCGGCAGGUGACACAACUAAACGUCCCACACCCAAGAACCCGCAACGAGGCUGCAAACCCCAACGACCACAGAGUAAAAGAAGCGUACGAACUCCUUGCCCCCUACAUUCUAACCCCGAAAAGGAAAAGAAAACCAUAUCCACUAUCAGUGAUAAUGUCAGUAUUUAAUCUGUUAUAGUAGCCGUCACCUAACUUGGCGUAAGACGAUAGAUGCACAGAAAGCGAUUUUUAGAUGUCAUAGUAUGAUCGUGCUUGUGAUUGAAUGUUUCUCCCGAGUACACUUGCGAGCACUUAAAAUGUUUUUGUUAUUGAUACCCAUCAAAAGUUAUCACAUUUUGUUGCACUAAGUGUACAUAAGCAAACUUGCCACUUCGCAAAAAUUGCCAAGUUACGUGCCGGCUACUACACCGGCACAUUUGACACUGACAAUGACAUUAAGACCCAUGUAUACCAUAGACAUAAAUAAUAGACUAAUCUACGGACCUUAUAUAUUAGCAUGUAACAACUUUUUAACUAGUACUUAUAUUUAUUCGAAGACCUUGUUUUAACAACGAGUUCAACAUUGUUGCUGAUUUGGUGUAACAAUUUGUUUUACUAAAGUAAAUAAAUUUUAAACUUAUACAAGAAAAUUAUAUAAAAUUUUUAUGUUUGUGUUACAAUCGAUUUUAACAUUAAUUUUACUUUCUUAAGCUUAACUUAAAAAUAUAUAUUUCAGGAUGACCGUUUAGGAGAUUUUUUUUACUGUUAAAGUAUUAAAUAAAUUAUAUCUUUUAUAUUAAAUUUAUUUUUUUACUAUCAACUUUUAUUUUUGUGCCUUCUUAUCUCUCUUAACAUUACUCAUUUAUUAUUUUUUAUUUAUAUAUAAAGGUUCAGUCUGUGUCUAUGGUAAUACAUACAGCUCUCAGAUAUUUGAUUUUUGACAUAAUGAAAAUGAAGUGUAUUUUAAUUUUUCUGCAAAGUUGUAUCCAUGUUAUCAAAGGGUGACUGAAGAUCUGUAUAAUAAUCUCUUAACUGAUAAAUUGUUCGUGUUCAAAAUGUUACAAUACAUUAAGUUUUAUAAUUGUUUGAAUGUAGCGUAUCUUAGAAAACGUGGCCGAAUUUAUAUAUAUACUUAAUGUAUUAAGUGUGAAAUGGUUAUGAUAUUCUAUAAGUUUAUAUUCGUGAUAUAAAUAUAAAUUAAUCAACUAGCAAAAGAUUUAACUAAAUUUUUACUAAGACAGCACUCCGCUAACAUAUUUACAUAUUUCUUGUUUCUUUAAAUGUACUUCAGAACAUUGCUACCCUAAAACUUCACUGUUUCUUUAAAAUACAUCAAAAUAAUUAUUCCGUACAAUUGUAUUAAAUAAAAAAACUACUUUAACAAUUAAAAAAAAAUAAUCUUACCCAGACUUAUUCGAAAUUUGCCAUUAACUUAACAUAUUAUGUACUUCAUUCAUGUAUCUGGCAACUCUCAGAAAUUAUAGCCUUUUACUUACAUUUACGUUUUUUUAAAAACCCUCAUAGUGAACUUUGUUUAUAUAUAUAUAUUCAUACACACAUGAUAUAUAUAUGAAAUACACAACAUUAUUGCACAUCAAUAGGUACCUAAUUAGAAUCUGAGUACAAUAAAUCAAGCACAUUUUAUGUAAAAAAAAAAGUGCAGUAUGUUGUACCACGUACAAUUUGUACAGAAAUUUGUAUAUUCAGUGUUUCCUGUAAUUAAAAAUUAUAUUAAAACUGAUGUUAAUUAAAACACUAAUUAGAAAUGUUAUUUAGAAAGAAACAAUGAGGAAACCUAAUUAAUAAUAAGAUUGUAUUUAGCUGUACAUGUUGUUUUAAUAAUAAAAUUAGUCAGAAUAUCUCCUAAUAUUGUAACCAAAGUUAAAAAGUGCCUUAUUAAUGUAAGAUAUUAAAAAUAUUAAUUUUUAAUUUAUUUAUUUUUUCUUUAAUAUUAACAAUUAAUGUAUAUGAUUUAGAAUAAAAUUAAUUAAAUUUAUUUAAAAAAGUUAUAUAUUUGCUUGUACUUAAAACAUUAGACCAUUGUAUUGAAUUUUUUUAAAUUUAAACACAAUCGUUACUAUAUGGAACAUAUUGGAAGUACCCAGCAUGAAAAUAUUAUGUUAUCUGUUAAUGAAUAAAAAUAAUCUUGUUACCGUCCGACGUUAUACCAGAUUUAGUUUUUUAAAAAUAGGUUCAGACUUCAGGUUAACCUGAAAAAAUUUAAUGUUAUAUUUUCUAGAACAUUCAGAACAAUCAAAUAGUUAAAUAUUGCGUUCAUCUAAAGUUGAACUUUUUAUUAUGUUUCAAACUUGCUUAUAGUUGAUUUGGAAAUAAAAUUAUUUUAAAAUAUA